AUGUGCACACAGCCAUGCAGUGAAACUCUACGGUGCAAAAUUGUUAACCAAGAACGAAGCGAGCCUGUUAUGGAACCGCCUGUGUACCUUCCACUAGAAAGUGAACCACGAGAACUCGAGCUCCACCACACUGAAAGAGAGGUCAGGGCUCUCCGUGAUGUGCGUGGGAGCCUCCACGCAGUUCGUGAUGAGAUUGCUAGGGUGAACGCGCUAGUCAACGACAGCGCUCUCGAAACUCUCUCGAUGAUCGCGGAGCGCAUGAGCAUACUAGCCAAUGAAGUCAAUGUGCCGCUCAGAGGCAUAGCACUUAUUGCGAGACCUGAUGUGUCGCCUACUGGAGGCAGACCGCAGUUAGAAAGGCAAGAAAUGUAUACGAGAGCUCGCAUUCGCAAACAGAUGAGAAGAAGAUCGCAAUCGGCCGAGACCGUACAAGUCAACCCUGAGGACAUACUACUCUGCUUUCAGGAGGACCCCGUCCUGCCUGAAGACAUGGACCCAGAAGAAACCCGAUGCAAAGGGAAAAUCGGCAGUGGAUGCGAAUCAACAACUCGGCAGAGUGGCGUGGGGUCAAUGGCAGUAAUAUGGACGAGGUGCUGUGCGACGUCAAAUUGUAAUGGCCUGUAA